UUCAGACCAGAGUUCAGGGUCCAGAAUGAGCUCAUAGGACAAAAGCAGACCAGUAACCAAUGGGAAUCUUGGAAUGGGAUUGUAAAACUGAUAAGCUUGGCAUAGCUUUAUUGACGGUUUCUAUUCCAGUGUUAACAUGAACAAAUAACUUGUUUGCUGCCAUAUCAUAAGGAACUGGAGAUAUGCUGCAAGACGAAACCCGGGAACUCUGAUCCGGCCAAUGGUUUUCCAAGAAAUAAUUUGCAACCUUGGUGGAUUACACAAACCAGAGGAAGACGUGGGGAGAAUUUCGAAAAAGAGGUCAGAUUGAGAUAUGGAUGGCCACACAAUGAAACAACCCAAAGAGGCUCAAAUAAAUGUAAUGCUAUUUUGAGAAGUCAUAAACGCUGAAGACAAGGCAAUCGGACUUGUUUAACAAUUCAAUUCAAACUAAUCAGACUAUAUAAUGUUGCACGUGGAUUUCAGAACACUGAUUUUGCCUGUUGGCAUUGUGCGCAUGUUGGAGGUGCUUCUGACAUGUACCUGCUUUGCAUUGGUGGCAUCAGCGGGUGUUGUGAACAACAGCAACUCGUCCCACUGGGCCUGGUGCAUGUUCUGCUGGUGCUUCUGUUGCUUCACGACCCUCCUUAUCCUAAUUCUGGAGUUCACCAGCCUGAACACCAAGGUGCCCAUCUCCUGGGAAGACUUCACCAUGGCCUUUGCCAUGUUGGCCACACUUAUGAUGGUCACUGCUUCAAUCAUCUACCCAACAUUAUUCACCUGCCUAUCCUGCUCCAGGCAGAUAGGGGCAUCAGUGUUGUCCUGGUUCUGUUUUGGGCUCUAUGCGGCCGAAGUCUGGUUGGUCCACAAAAGACCUGGUGAAAUCAGUGGCUUUCUCACCACCGUUCCUGGUCUGCUCAAGAUCUUGGAGACAUUUAUUGCCUGCAUCAUAUUCACCUCUUUGAAUCCCGUGGACUAUAAGAGGUUCCCAGCACUGCAGUGGUGUGUUGCCGUCUACUCAAUAUGCUUCAUUUUUUCGUUGAUAAUCAUUCUUCUAACAAUUGCCAGGCUGUUGCCUGUAUUUCCGUUUUCUUUCGACAAGACGGUCACCAUCUUUAACAUCCUGGCUCUGGUGAUGUACAUAACUGCUGUUGUUAUCUGGCCACUGUAUGGAUUUGAACCACGUCCCUGUAAAAAUUGUCCAAAGAAUGAUCUAAUAGUGGUCACCAUCAUGACUGUCAUCAACCUGUUAGUCUACACUGCAGACACAGCUUACUCGAUUAAAGUUGUAUUCUUUACCCAACAGGAGCAGAGUAGCACGACUAUAGACUAGGAAAUCGUCGAUAGUCAGAUAGUGAAGGAAGUGUUCAGCACACAUGUGAACUCGAAAUCGAGACAAAGUGUGGUGACUUUGAAGAAGCUAAAAUGUAAAAUAGCUCGAUUUAUUUACAUGUUUGGUUACUACAUAAUUCCCAUACUUCCAUUUGUGUUAUCUCAAAGUUUUGAUGUCUACUAGAAUUCAAAAUGUAGAAAAUAAUCAUAAUAAAGAUUCAGUAGGUGUGUCAAUACUUGGUUGUGUAUACAGGAUGCUAUGCCAGUGAUUAGUAAAAGUUUAGUAUGAGUGGUUAAUUCCCAGACAGUCAUACUGUCCAUAACGACAUACAUGGUCAAUAUUUUUUCAUAGGAAGUAAUCAUUCAUGGGUUAAUCAAUUAUUAACCAUUAUAUAGCCUACAGUUAACACAGUAUGAAGUAUCAGUUAACUGCAACUACACAAUAAUAUGCAACUUAAAUGUACAAUGAUUGUUAUUUUUAUUAUCAGGUUUUUAAAGCUGAAGUAUGUACCUUUUUCAGCCCUUAAUACGCCACCCUGGUGCCAACGUCACACACCUCGCCCAUUUCACAAGCAAAAGGGAACUUCAAGCUGAGGUAUCAUUUUAUCUAGUUAUCUAGAAUAUCGAGUUUAUAUUGAAUGUAAACAUUAGCUAGCUAUCUAGCGAUAACAGCUCACCGACUGUAACUAUCAUGAUAUCCUGAGUGGUCUUUCCACUAACAGCAAACCGUCUAUGAAAGUUCACCAAACAUCUUUGUCCAUGUGAGUUUUAAUGUAUUUGUACUGUGUCCGCAUUUUUUAUUAAUUUUUUUCCCCCAACUUGUACCGUUGGAUACAUAUCCUGACAAGUUCAGCUAAAUUCCGCCUUUGAUACUGAACCUGCCUCAAUCCCCGGUUGGCUUCGUUUGGCCCAAGGGUAAUUGACAGGCCAAAGACCAUUGGCUAUUGGCCCCGAGAAAGUCCAGAGGAGGCACGAUGAAUUCCCGGAAGUGACAGUGGGAACACAACUGGCCCUGGCACGCACUAGCACGCCCUCAUUUAGCCCAAUAGUGGAAACGUGGCUACUGUGUAUCUGUGGUACUAUAAAAAUUCCUGUUUGUUUUGAGCUGCCCGCAUAGACCCGUCCCAACAAUGUUACUCAACCAGUGGUGUGAGUUGGGGGUGGGACUAUCGGACUGUUUGAACAACUGCAGACAAGGGGUGUUUUUGCAAUUCCGUUCGGUGGCGCUAGUGUUGCAGAAAUUACAUACUUCAGCUUUAAGAACAUUGUUGUAGAUUCUCACAAAAGCCCAAAAGGUUUUAUGAUGUGAGAAAUUAGAUUUUGCACGUUUGUUGCUGCAAAAAUAGAGAAUUAUAUUUUCAUUAAUAAGUUUGUGGGUUUCAAUUAAAAAAAAUAAAAAAUAAUCCAUUAAAUUGAACCGAGUAGUCGUUAACAAAAUACAAUAAAAAAAACGAAUUAAUUUACAUUUGUUAAAAAUUAAUCAAUUCUAUUGGAUGAAAUUCUGAUAAUCUUAAAUAUAGGCUAAAAUAUUUUUUUAAAGUAACAGAUUUUUUCAUCUGGGUCUAUAAACAUAUUUGAAUAUAUCCUUUAUGUAACUAAAGCUUUUCUAAUAAUUAUGAAAGCUAUUCUUUGCGACUAAGUUACAUUUAAAUAUAUCCAUUCAGUUUGGGCCUCUCAAGAAACCGCAUUGAGGAGGACAACAAAGCAAACACCAGAAUAAAAUAUUUUUUAUUAGAAAAAUAAUGUUUUUAUCUUGUACAUCACAAAUUUUCUUUGCCCUAAUUGUUUUAACUGUUAAACACACACUCAAAUAUAUAUAUAUAUAUAUAUAUAUAUAUUAGCCUAUUUUUAAGAGUUACACAUUUCAAUUUCAUGACAAAAUUCCAUCAAAUUUAAUUAUUUAAUGUUUAAAAAAAUUCAAUUAAUAAAACUUAAAAUAUGUAGAUUUUUUUAUUAUUAUUAUUAAAUAUUU